AUGGGAAUGCGCUGGGUGGCCACUUUCUGCAACCAAGCCAAGUACGUGAUGAAAACGGACAGCGAUAUCUUCGUGAACAUGGACAACUUGGUGCAUAAACUCUUGAAGCCGGCCACCAAACCUCGACGGAGGUACUUCACGGGAUACGUCAUCAACGGCGGACCCAUUCGGGACAUGCGCAGCAAGUGGUACAUGCCCAGAGACCUUUACCCCGAGAGCAAGUACCCGCCGUUUUGCUCCGGCACUGGGUACGUGUUCUCGGCGGACGUUGCGGAGCUCAUCUACAAGACUUCCUUGCACACCAGACUCUUGCAUCUGGAGGACGUUUACGUCGGGGUGUGUUUGAGGAAGCUGGCCAUUCACCCGUAUCAGAACAGUGGCUUCAAUCACUGGAAAAUGGCCUACAGUCUUUGCAGGUACCGUCGAGUCAUUACCGUACACCAGAUCUCCCCUGAGGAGAUGCAUCGUAUCUGGAACGACAUGACCAGCAAGAAGCAUCUCAAGUGUUAGUGGGAGCUGCCUGAGGAUGUGUAUUUGUGCCCUUUUUUAAAUC